ACAAGCAUUCAGAUAAAGAAUGAUUUUUCUCAAAUCUCUACGAGUUAUAAUUUUAGUGUUCGUUUAAUAAACCUCAAGUUCACGGUUCUGAUAAAUACCUAAGCAAUAUUUUUUGGUACAUAGGUACCUACUUGCUUGAAAAAAAAAAUUCUUAUUUCUUUUUUUCCAUUGUUGAAACAAACAUGAAUCCUUUCUGUCUUACUUGGAUGGUGUUUUUCACACUCUAUUGCAGUAGUCAGAGUAAACCUUCAAACACAGAUUCUGAAGAUACGAGCAUGAUUCGAUGCGACACAUUAAUGCAAUUCCACCAAAUAAAAUAUUUAUGGACGAUUCAUCAGUUCAGUCAUCACGAGGCACUCAACACCAGUGAGCUUUUAUCGCCCAAGUUACACGCGUCCACAACCGAUAAAUACGAAUGGGAUAUCGUAAUUAAGCCCAAUCACAUUGACGAGGGAAAGAAAACGAUCGCUGUGUUCGUUUAUCUAUCUGGGGGCAGUACGAUCAAAGAAGCAUCAGAAUAUUUCAACGUAUCAAUCAUUAAUCAUAAGAAAGAAACCUUAUUUUCUAGAAAUCAAACGCAAAUAAAACACGAGGCCGGAGUAGCUUGGGGAUGGGGGGACUAUUGCGAGAAAGAUGAUUUUUUCAGACAUCAUUUACUGCAAAAUGACACAUUGACUCUGCAAAUCUACAUAAAAUGGUUUACUCAACUUUGUAAUAACGUUUCCCAUGAACCCGAAACCACCACUACCCUACUCAAUCGUUCGGAUUCUUUUGAAUCAUACGUAGUAUUCGCAACGAAUGGGGGCAAUUAUCUAGCUCGUAAAGAUAUUUUAGCCGCACGCAGUCCGAUUUUCGCCGCCAUGAUUCAACGUAAAGAUACCAAAAAUGGAAAAAAUAAAACAAUUCGAAUAAACGCUACGCAAACGAAUGAAGAAGUACUCCAAGCUAUGCUACAAUACAUUAAUACCGGAGAAUGUGGAAAUUUAGUCAAACUAGCGGAUAAAUUGUUUAUAGCUGCUGCGAAAUAUGGUUUGGAAGGAUUGAGGAAAAUGUGCGAACAAACGCUUUGUAUGGCUUUGUCGACUAAAAAUGCGGUUAAAAUGUUGGUAUUUGCGGAAAAGCAUCACGCCAAUGAGUUAAAAUUCAAAGCUGCACGAUUUAUAGCGUACAGCUCUGCUCAAAAGUUGAAUACAACCGGUUAGGAAAUCGUGAUUCAGUCGAGUGGCUCAUUCCAGUUGACAUGAGUUGGGCAAAUGCCUCAGAUAUCGCCCAUCCACACAUCUGCAUACAUAUCAAUCAACUUGCAUUUCAUAAUAAUUGAUUAACUUGUAAAUCGCUUAAUUUAUGUCUGGUUUUCAAAAUGUAAGCAUUGAAUAAAUAAAAUG